AUGGAGGCACCGACUUCAGGGCGACGGGCCGGGACAACUGCAGGCAAGGUUCUAUGUCCACAGUGCAAGGGCGAGAUUGUGAUAAAGCGGCAUAAGAGUUAUGUUGUGGAAGCAGUGAGGAGCUUGGAGCGUUUGGUCGGCAGUCUUCGUCUUCCGGGCUUUGCACUGGUGACGGGCACGGCAUUGUACUCGACUUUGACCCUAUCCGGCACCGCGACGAUAUAUCAGAUCUUUGGGACGGAAGAUGCGCUGCAAAUCCUCGGUCCGCUGUACGAGACACCAAAUGCAGCCGUCAACUCAGUUGCGGUACAGUGUCUAGACCAUCUGAGGCAGCACUGGAGACUCGACCUCGGACUCCCGCUUAUACCCGCUGUACUAGUUGCGAGCAGAACGACAUUCGCCGACUCAUUCUUACCUUUCCUACCGCUCAUCUUCUUCGUCAGUUCUGGUCAACCAGGCGAUGAGAUGCUGCAACUACAAUGGCCACCGAGUGCCGCAUUCACUUUCGCCACAUUGCCAUACCUCCGUGGCUUUUAUAAUGCAUACUACGAACGCUUCUGGCUACCACGAGAGCAAAAAUGGCUAAGGGAGAUUCAGCCCAGGCAAGGCGAAGACGCCAAUGUUGAGGGCCAGGUCCAAGACCAGGGCCCCGCCAUGCACAAUGCACACGACGGCGAGGUCAUCCAAGAAGUGGAGAUAGAACUCGACUUUGACAUCUUCGGCGGCUGGGGCGAGGGAGAGGGCGUAGAGCCGGAUAACAAUCCUGCUCAUCCCAUUGAACCACACGCUGCCGGACCCAUCGACGCCCCACCACAAGACGAUACCGAUACCGAUACAGAUGAUGACUUACCCGACCUGGUUCCCGCUGCUCCUCAAGCAAACCCCCUACCUGAACCCGUCGCUGCACCCGCUCCAAACAUCCCCAUGCAGCCAGCAGCGCCCCGCCCCCGACGCAUCCGACACGAACGCGCCGCAACCUUUUCCACCGCCUCCCUCGCCGACACCAUCCUCGGUGCCCUUAUCUUCCCCACCAUAGCCGCAGCCAUGGGCGAGAUACUCCGCCACACUUUACCCACCGAUUGGGUCACGCCUCCGUCGAGUUCACCGGCCGUGUCGUGGCUUGGUGGCUGGAUCAAGAAUGGUGGCAAGGCUGGGGGUGUGAUCAAUAUCUCCCACUCCAACUCAUACGUGCACUAA